GUCCCAGCGUGCCCCGGGGCGGAGACGGGGAGCGGCGGGAACGGUGUUGGGGCCGGUGCGGUGCUGGGUGCUGCAGGAGGACAGAGCCUGUUAACGGCAGAGCAGGAUGGAAGAGUCUAAUGGGGACUUUCCCCUAGAGAAAGACAGGAUCCUGUCUGACUUGUGCUGUGAUCACAUCACCGUAAUGAAGCUGGUGGAAGCAUUGAGAUCUUUGGUGGCUUUCACCGACCCUGAGGAGGGGAAGCUGACUCAGUGUCCAUAGAAAGCACUAAAUUUGCUGGUUGCUUGGAAAACUUUUUGCUGCUCUUCCUGGGCCUUUGUCAAAGACCUUCCUGGAGCCCUAACUUGAAGAUGGGAGAUCAGGAUGGAGCUGAGCCCUUUUUGGGGCCAGUGGCUGGAGGUGCCAUGGACUGUGAAGGAGCUCUGCCCUCGGACACCGUGUCGCUCAGCGACUCCGAUUCCGAUGAUUUGGGCUCCACGGAGGAAGCAGAAGUUGACACAAUAUCUCCUGAGGAGCCCUCUGUAGAGGAUGGGGAUUACAGACCAGGGAAGACCCCUGACUCUUCAGACAGCAGUCACAAAUCUCCUGUCCAGCCAUUCCAUCUGAGGGGCAUGAGUUCCACGUUCUCUCUCCGUAGCCAGAGCAUUUUUGAUUGCCUGGAAGAGGCAGCCAAGUUGUCUGUACCCUCACUGCCUGAAGAUAAUGUUGUUGAUGGGAGGUUUAAACGUCCAUUGCCUCCAACCACAGGUUCCAGUCAUGUGGCUCCAGAAAGUGUGGGAAAGCAAGGCAAACCUGGGCUGGCUCCCAAAACUUCUCCUGCAGUGCCUGACUAUGUGGCACACCCAGAGCGUUGGACCAAAUACAGCCUGGAUGGAGUUUCAGAGUCUACUGACAAGACUAACAGGGCAGUGGCCAUGGAAUUUCUAGAGGGUUUGAAGAAAAGAGGAGAGGAGCAAAGCUCAGCUACUCAAGAUAGCUACACCCCAUAUUUCAACCAGGACCCCUCCAGCUGUGGAGCUGGGAGGAUUGUCUUCACCAAACCAAUAAAAAGGGGUGUUGAUGGACUGGAAAAGAAAGCAUCAUCAGGGGAGGAUGAUAAGAAACACAUGAAAACAGAUCUGAAAGGAAAAUCUCUUAAGAAAACUGAUGACUUGAGGGAGGAUGAUAAGGUAGAGCUGGGGCACUUAGACAGUGGAAGUGGAAAAGCAACAGAGGAGGAGGAGGAGUGCAUGAUGGCAGGGGACCUGAAUACAGAAGGUAAGCUUAGUGCAAGGUUUAGUGGAAAAGGUGAAGAGCCACUGGAAACAGUUGGAUUCCAUUGCAGUAAGAAGAAGAACAGGAAAAAUUUCCGACCUAAAGUAGACAAUGAAGAUGAGAAGGAAGAAUCCUGAAGGCUGGAGCACAUUGGAGACAUCCAGGGACCUGUGUUGUCUUUGGAUGUGUUUGGUUUUUCUCUGACUAUUUUGUUUUCUGAUCUGGAAACCAUGCAAUAGCAUUUUGUCUGCAUCACAGGCACAUUUUAUAUUGUUGGAAAUCAGGCUACCUAAAAUGCAGUUCAGACUUCUUGUUCAUAAAAAGUCUGUGGGCAAAGGAUAGUUGCACCCUAGCAGGAGGGAAUUAAGUGUGAUUUGUUUGUUCAAGCAGCUCCCUGGGGCUUGUUCUGGAGCUGAAGUGCCCCUUAGCAACAAACAGAGAUCUUUUAGCUAAAAGGCUGCAAGGCUUCCUACUGACCCCCAAAUCUAGAGAAGUCUCCAGAUCCUCCAGAAUUCUGAAACACAGAUGAUGAGCUCAGUAUGUAGAGAUUUUUAAACACUGAAAAUAAAACCUAGUCUUCCAUUUGAUGUGAUUUCUCCAGGCUCUGUCCCAGGGAGGAAAUUUUUGACAGUAAAAGCACAGCAGUGCCCAACCAUCCCUUUGGGGGGCUCCUGGGGGAAGUGCAAAACCAGUAUUUUUUAAGGUUAGCUGAAGAUUUAACUUGUAUAUAGUGUUACAUUGUAAAGAUUAUAAUAAUAUUUCCUGUGGAGAGGUAGAACUCUGGAUACAUGUGGGGAAGACAGACUCAGCUUUGCUCCAGCAAAGUCUGUUGAGUGGAGAUCAAAAUUCAGUGGUUGAACUGGGCAGCAGCUUUUCCUCCUGAUGUGAUGAUUCUUGGCCUGAAUGCUUGUAUGUCCUUUCCAGGUGACACUGAUUCCAUGUGUGGAUUUGGUGGGAAUGAGGUAUUUGUAUCCAAACUGUUGGGUUUUUUUGUUCUUUGGGAUUCAAUAAACUUUCAGUUGCAGCUUGA